CAGUGUCCUGACAGGUUAGGCUCUGUCCGCCGUUUGGAAAACCCCAGGAAAAUCAAUACUAAUGAGCCAUUAAACGUGGCCUCAGCUGCACUCGGCCGUAGUCUAAUGAGCUGAGCGUCAGCGGCGGAAAUUGAAUGUUGAGUCUAACCAAGCGACUGCAGCAGGAAAUCACUUCAGCAUCGGCAACUCGGCAUCGUUUUUAUCAUCUCCCUUCACCGACGGAAAAGGUAAAGGCAAAAGGUAACGCCCAAAACGGAAGUCUUAGGCGUAAUGCCUUGCGCCUGAGCGGUUUUCAUAGCAUGGGCUGUUCCAGUUCCAAGUCCACAGCCACCGUAGACGAUAUUAAAACCAAGCCAGUUUCAGCCAAGUCAACUAAGAUGGCCGGCCACAAGGAGUACCCUGCCUCGGAGGCCUUCACCAUACCCUUGGAUAAUGAGAACGAGAACCCGGAGGUGCCUCUUAAUGAGACACUGCGACAGCCGCCGAAGAGGAUCCAGCAGAUGAUGCAAGAGGCGGCCAGCUCGGAGCCACCCACCCUCGAGGAGCUGGAGGAUAAGCAGCAGAAGGCUGAGCAGCGACGCCAGGAGCUGAUGCAGCAGAAGCUGGAGACCAUACAGAAGAAUGCCCAGAUGCUGAUGCGGGGUCAUGAUUCAGAAACUGCAACUGAAACAGGAGAUGGAGAUGCUGAGGCACCCAAAGAAAACCCCGAGGAGUAA